AUGGUAGAUACAGCUAGAAAGGCAUUUCCGGGAAAAAAGAUCAUUAUUUCGAGUGUUACUCCACGAGAUGAUGAUUUCGAUGAAGACAUUCGGGCAAUAAACCGAGCAAUCCAAAGCGAAAUUUUAAAUUUCAAUGAUGUAAUUUACGCGAACAAUGAUAACCUACGAGACAGAGCCCUGUAUUUUGACCGUAAGCACUUAAAUAGAAGUCGGGGUGUUCGUAAGUUUGCAGCGAACAUAAAAAGAGCAAUUAGAAUGGCAAGCGGCGUUGUGGACAACAAGCCACGCUACCCAUCCUAUCAUAGUGGUGAUCCGCAUCCGAUCCGACGUGACGAUCGUGCUCCAUACCCUCACCCUCGUUAUUAA